AUGAAGGAAACUGUUUCUGUAUAUCUGUUUCUAUGCCUCUGUGGACUGAGCUCCAGUUUCUAUAGAAGACACUUCUAUGUGGAAGACGGAAUGCACUGGAAUGAUGCACAGAUGUACUGCAGAGAGCAUUAUGAUGACUUGUCCACUACUACCAUACAAGAGGCAGUGGAGCUCUCCAGUAAACACGAGUUUGCUGAUUGGGUUUGGGUUGGAGCAUACCAAAAUCCUUCAAACUCAUCAGAAUGGUUUUGGUCUGGAGGUGAAAAACAACCAGUUGAACAGUGGAACCCUGAAGAACCAAACUUUCUGGAUCUUGAGAAAUGUGCUUUUAUAACAACAAUGAAUUCUGGACUGGUCAAUGUUCCGUGCGAUUGGACUCAAUCAUUUUAUUGUAUGGACUACUAUGAAACGGUAGUGGUACAGGAGAGUAAGACAUGGGAAGAGGCUCUGGACCACUGCAGACAAAACUACGUUGAUCUUGUCAGUAUCGCCUCUGAGAGAAAUAUGGCAGAGGUGAUAAAAAACAUAACAACAUCACAGACAGCUUAUGUAUGGACUGGACUACGAUUUUUAGCUGGUGAUUGGUUCUGGGUCAGUGGUGAUGAUAUUGGAUAUGAAGCUUGGUCUAUGGAGGAGAAGGACCAGUGCCCUCCCAAAAAUCUUAAGUGUGGAGCUUUAGAUAUAAAAAAUAAGGUUUGGAAACCUACAGACUGUGAGGAAAGAUUAAACUUUGUCUGUAUUAAGAAUUAA